CAAUUCGUUUUCGUUCCCAUGUAUAUGGAAAUGGGUUGUAUUUUUCUUCGUUUUUUCUUAAUGGGUUGUUGUUUUUUCAAGUGUUUAAACAGUCUAUGAAUUGUUGGAUUCAAUUUCAGUCGUCUUGGCUUUGUUUGAAAUAGAUUACAAUCUGAACAUCUGAUGUAGAAAUCUAGAACCUUCGUUAGAUAUGACAAUACAAGGUCAAAAAAGUGAUUUUCUUUUGUUUUACAAAGCUUAAAAAUGCAAGCUUUAAGCUUUUUGGUGACGGAAUUUCCCACCUUCAAUCCUUUAAUUAUGAUGACUAAAUUUAUAAAUUUUUGGUGAAUGGAAUAAAUUUUAAUUAUGUUUCAAGUGAGUCUUUUAAUUACUCUCCGGAAUAAGACCAAGUAAUUUGCUAUACUGCCCGAGUCCUCGGUUCCUUGGUAGAGCAUUAAGCUAUAAUCUAUGUUUGAGUGUGAUUGAUGCAGUGCAGGAAGAUAAUAAAGUGAAAACACAGUGAAGUAAAAGCAGAAAUAUUCUCCUUUUCAGCCUCAUGAAAAAAUAAUUACUUGUUUCUCUUCGGUUUUCUUCUCUCUCAGAUUUCUGUUCUUUACUGAUUGAUCAAGCAAACCAGUAACUAUACGCUUGGACAACCGCGUUUUGCAGUCUGCUGUAUAGGCUGUUAAAAAAUGCUGCCGCAGAAGAUGAAGAAGGCCAUCACAGAUAACCCAAAGCAGCUUGCCAACUUAAUUGAUCUUGUAAAUUUACCUUCUACACUUAGAGAUUUUGUGGGUCAGUCUCAGAUUUCUCAUUUGGGCUGUUUCAUGCGUGUCUGGUCCUAUAUCAAAACCAACAACCUCAAGGAUCCAAACAACAAGAAUGUGGUCAAUUGUGAUGAAAAGUUGAAAAGUAUCUUGCUGGGCAAACAACAGGUUGAAUUGGUCGAACUUCCUGCGCUGAUCAAAUUGCAUUUUCCCAAACAGAAAAAGGUAUAAUCUUUUGGAUUUGAGAACCCUUGGUUGAAUCUUCUUGGCUAUGGCUAUGGCUAUGGCCUCCUUGAAUUAUUGGAGCAAGGAAGAAUGUUGAUCAAUGUGAAUGACAAGGAAGGUUGCAUCUGAUCGGCCUGUGAAAUCGUACGGACGCUUGUGUGGAUGUAUUGUAUAGGUUAGCAAAUCAUUUUGUAUUUUGUGUUCUGAUAAUAUUGAAUUAUUGAUCAAAACAGACAAUUCAGUACUCAACAGUGAUGACACGCUGAUCAUUGAUAGAUGACAAAAAAGCAAUUAUCUAUCAAAACAAAUAUUUUACUCUUUUUAA